UACCAUUUCCCCCCCCCCUUUUCUCUUCUUUUUGAAACCCUUUCCUUUUACUCUCUUUCUAUUGGGAAAAAUAGCAUUUUUGUUCAUUCUUUGCUUGAAUCACAGAAUUCAAUCUUGGAAACUUUUAUGUGUUUUGGUUUUUGGAUUUUUGAUGAAUUGCAAAACCCAGUAAGAAUUUCUUAUUUCUUCUGUUGUUACUGAGUUUUAUGUUUGAAUUUGGUGAUACUUCCAUGAGCUUGUCUAAAGGACAAUUGGGGUUGUCUUUGUUUCUGAAUUUUCAGUUGGCUUAAAGAUUACUCUGAAUCUGGAGUUGUUUUUGGUUAAAUUUGCCAACUUUUUAACCUUUCUUCUGGUGAAUUUCAUCUACAUGCAAAAUCUCAAUCUUUGCAUGAAAGUUUGAAACUAUGUAUGGUCUUUAGAUUAAAAGACCAGAACUUUUCGUGCAAUGUUCCAAGACGAAUCAUCGUCUGUAACAUCAUCAUCGCCUCUGCAAGUUUUCUCCAUGAUGUCACUCUCGCCAAACUUGGGAUCACCAUAUCCAUGGCUUAGAGAGUUGAAAUCAGAAGAAAGGGGUUUAUAUUUGAUCCAUUUGUUGCUCAAUUGUGCUAAUCAUGUAGCGAAUGGUAGCCUUGAAAAUGCCAACAUUGCACUCGAGCAGAUAUCGCAGCUCGCGUCGCCAGACGGUGACACGAUGCAGCGAAUGGCUACUUAUUUUACGGAGGCGCUCGCCGAUAGGAUCCUCAAAGCCUGGCCUGGUCUUCAUAAGGCUCUCAAUUCGACUAGGAUAACUUUGGUUUCCGAAGAAAUCCUUGUUCGAAAACUGUUUUUCGAGUUGUUCCCCUUCUUGAAGGUGGCCUUCGUGCUUACGAACCAAGCCGUGAUCGAAGCUAUGGAAGGCGAAAAAAUGGUUCAUAUAAUUGAUCUUAAUGCAGCCAAUCCUGCGCAGUGGGUUGCGCUUAUUCAAGCUUUGAGUGCAAGGCCCGAAGGGCCGCCUCAUUUGAGGAUUACCGGCAUUCAUCAAAGGAAAGAAGUGUUGGAUCAAAUGGCUCAUAGAUUGACUGAAGAAGCCGAAAAAUUGAACCUCCCUUUUCAGUUCAAUCCGGUUGUUAGCAAAUUAGAAAAUCUGGACGUCGAGAAAUUGCGGGUUAAAACCGGGGAGGCUCUUGCAAUCAGCUCUGUUCUCCAGCUGCAUUCGUUUUUGGCCUCUGAUGAUGAACACCAUCGAAAGAAAAUGCCUCUAGGAUCGAAGAAUUUGAAUGGAGUUCACUUGCAAAUAGCACUCCAGAUGAACCAGAGCACUUUAGGAGAGUUGCUCGGAAAAGACACGGUUAAUGGAUAUAGCCCUAGUCCUGAUUCGGCAUCAUCGUCACCAUUAUCUUCAUCCGGUUUGGCCAAGGUAGAUAGCUUCCUUAAUGCAUUGUGGGGUUUGUCACCGAAACUGAUGGUGGUAACAGAACAAGAUUCUGACCAUAAUGGAUCUACUCUAAUGGGGAGACUAUUAGAAUCCCUUUACUCUUAUGCAGCAUUGUUCGAUUGUUCGGAGUCCACGGCCUCGAGAACAUCUCUGGAGAGAUUUAAGGUGGAAAAGAUGCUUUUCGGAGAGGAAAUAAAAAACAUAAUAGCAUGUGAGGGAGCCGAGCGGAAGGAGAGACACGAAAAGCUCGAGAAGUGGAUACAAAAGCUCAACUUGGCCGGUUUCGGGAACAUCCCUUUGAGUUACUACGGGAUGUUGCACGCCAGGAGAUUGCUGCAGGGGUAUAACUGCGACGGGUAUAAAAUGAAGGAAGAAAACGGUGGUUGCAUCGUGAUUUGCUGGCAAGACCGACCGCUGUUCUCGGUAUCGGCUUGGAGUUGUAGGAAGUAAAACUAUG